AUGAACACCAAAGAUGAGCCAAAUCAAGAAAAUACACUCAACUUUUCCUCUCCUGCCGAUGAUCUGCUUCUACUGCCAGCACUGAAAGUGGCUGAAUUCUCCGGCUCAUCAUUUAUAACAAUUCCUGCCCCUUACGACAUUGUCGACUACCUCGACCUAAGAAUAAACUUCAAGCCAAACACUCACACUGGUCUACUAUUCUAUUGGCAGGAUGCUGGACGGUACCUUGCUGUUUUUAUGGAGCGAGGCUUUGUCAAUGUGCAAGUGACAAUGGGUUCUGAUACGGCCAUUCUGAGGCAAGUGAAAAUAAUUUGCCAUCUGCGAUUUUCCACUAGUCGCUAA